GACCGUUGUAGCCACUAGCUAGACACAAUUGUUAGGUACCUUCUUGGCUCAAUCUCCUCCAAACCUCUUCAACAUCUUCUCAAUCCUCAACCCGAAAGCAGGAUGUAUCGGCGGAUUUUUCAAAGCCGCGUCGGCAUGCGCUCGGCGCCUAAUCUUCUGAGACGGGCUCAACAUCGCAACAUAACCCCGGCUCCAGGACCCAACACCGGCCCGCUGAUGGAGCGGCGUGCCGACAGAGAGCUGCCUUCAAUCAAUGCCAAUAGACGCUGGCUAAAGACCCUUCCGAUUUUUGCGUUGGCCGUGGGGGCGGCGAUGCUUGGAAUUUUUAAUUACCAGAAAUCCUCAUCAAGUGUUGUCAGCAGUACCCUCUACGCUUUAAGAACGUCUUCUCGAGCCCGCGAAAUUCUUGGCGAUGAAAUCUACUUUGCCCAGAAAGUACCGUGGAUUAGUGGCGAGAUGAACCAAUUGCAUGGUCGAAUCGAUAUAUCAUUCUGGGUCAAGGGAACAAAGGGGCAGGGUAAAAUGAGGUUUCGCAGCAUAAGACCAGACCGGAUGAGCUUUGUAAGUCAACCCAGUAAGAAUAGUCGAAAGCUCUUAAACGCAAUUUUAUACGUGACCACCUUGGUUUUUAUUUUGCAAUGAUCGCCCAAGAGCAGUAUCUAUAACAGACUAGGCUAAUACUAUAUCUCAACUAAAAUAUAGUUUCGUACUGAGGAGUGGAGCCUAGAGACAGAGAAUGGAACUGUGGUGCAAUUGCUUAAUGAAGCUGAUGGUGACCCAUUCCACCAGAAGAGCUAAAAUAAUUGCAUGAUACCUGUGUAUAAAAUACAAAUU